UUCAGAAAAUUGUUACCUCUGCUGAUAUAGACCCAAAAUAAAACCCUGAAACGCAAACCAUGACUUCAUUCAUUCUCGUCGUCUUACCAAACUCACUCCUCUGACAUCCCUUCUGAAAAGCUCCAUUUUGAUUAACAGGAUGAUAAACUGUUCACUAUUCUGAGUUUUGCUCUUUUUUUGCCUCGUAGUUGAGCUUCCUCAAAUGGCUCCAGGGAACCUUAACAACACCACACCAAAUGGCAACUCUGCUAAUGACAAUCGAAAAGUCGAUACCUUUGCUAGGAGACAAAAAUUGUUGCAGCAUAGAAAGUCUCUUCCUAUUGCUAUUGUCGAGCGACGACUCAUAGAUGAGGUUCGGAAGAAUGAUAUUUUGAUCAUUGUUGGUGAAACUGGAAGUGGAAAAACAACCCAAAUACCUCAGUUUCUGUUCAAUGCUGGAUUUUGUAAAGAAGGGAAAUCUAUUGGGAUAACUCAACCUAGGCGUGUUGCUGCUGUUACCGUUGCGAAAAGGGUUGCCGAGGAAUGUGGUGUGGAGUUGGGUCAAAGGGUUGGAUACUCAAUUAGAUUUGAGGAUGUGACUUCUAGUUCAACAAGGAUCAAGUACAUGACUGAUGGGUUACUGUUGAGGGAAGCAUUGUUGGAUCCAUAUCUCAGUAGAUAUUCAGUUAUAAUUGUUGAUGAAGCUCAUGAGAGAACUGUCCAGAGUGAUGUGUUACUAGGACUUCUAAAAAAUGUUCAAAUUGCACGGUCAAAAUCAAAUGGCCAUCUAAAUACUGAAACAAAUAAGCCAAAGAAUGGCACGAUGUUGGAGAAAGAAAAUGAUGUUCAGUCUUCAAUUUUUCUCAAGCAUGACCAAGGAAAGAAAUUCCCUCCGCUGAAGUUGAUUGUCAUGUCUGCCAGUUUGGAUGCACGUGUCUUCUCUGAUUACUUUGGUGGUGCAAAAGCUGUUCAUGUCCACGGGCGACAGUUUCCGGUGGAGAUAUUAUAUACAUUUCAUCCAGAACCAGAUUAUUUAGAUGCCACCUUAAUUACUGUGUUCCAGAUUCAUCUGGAGGAGGCCCUUGGUGAUAUACUUGUAUUUUUGACUGGGCAAGAAGAGAUUGAAUCCGUUGAAAUACUUAUCAAAGAGCGAGUUCUACAGUUACCUGAAAACAAUAAAAAACUAGUAACUGUUCCAAUAUUUUCAUCUCUUCCAUCAGAACAGCAGAUGCGAGUUUUCGCACCAACUCCAGCUGGGUAUCGUAAGGUGAUACUGGCUACAAAUAUUGCUGAGACAUCCGUAACUAUUCCUGGAAUUAAGUAUGUUAUAGAUCCAGGAUUGGUGAAAGCACGCUCGUAUGAUCCAAAGCAAGGAUUGGAAUCUUUGACUGUUGUACCGAUUUCAAAGGCACAGGCUCUUCAAAGGAGUGGACGUGCUGGGCGAGAAGGGGCUGGAAAGUGUUUCCGUCUUUACCCAGAGAGUGAAUUUGAGAAACUUGAGAACUCAACAAAGCCAGAGAUCAAGAGAUGCAACCUUGCUAAUGUCAUUUUGCAACUCAAGGCUCUGGGUGUGGAUGAUAUCAUCGGGUUCGACUUUAUAGAAAAACCUUCAAGGUCAGCUAUUGUCAAAUCAUUGGAGCAGUUGUUCUUGCUAGGUGCUUUAACAGAUGAAUGUAAACUCUCAGAUCCAGUUGGUCGUCAAAUGUCAAAACUUCCUUUAGAUCCUGUUUAUUCAAAAGCUCUUAUCAUAGCCAGUGAGUUCAAGUGCUUGCAAGAAAUGUUGAUAACCGUUGCAAUGCUUUCGGUGGAAUCUAUAUUUUACGCUCCCCGUGAUAAGUUAGAUGAGGCAAGAGCUGCAAUGAAAUGCUUUUCAAGCCCUGAGGGAGAUCACCUCACUUUGAUUAAUGUAUUUGGAGCAGCUAACGAGUUUCUGGAGAAGAAGAACUUGACCUGUGGUAAAGAGAAAGCUGACAAGAUCCUAAGAAAAUGGUGCAAGGAAAACUUUAUCAAUAGUCGCUCCCUAAGACAUGCUCGUGAUAUUCACAACCAAAUACGAGAACAUGUUCAGCAAAUGGGUCUUCAUAUUGUCUCUUGUGGAGAUGACGUACUAAACUUCCGCAGAUGUCUUGCUGCUUCAUUUUUUCUCAAUGCAGCUCUAAAGCAACCUGAGGGAACAUAUAGGGCUUUGGCAAGUGGUCAGAUGGUGCAGAUCCACCCUUCAUCUGUGUUAUUCCAGAAAAAACCGGAAUGCUUAAUUUACAACGAACUAAUCCAAACUAACCACAAGUAUAUCCACAAAAUAACCAGAAUUGACUACUUGUGGUUAACUGAACUGGCUCCCCAAUUUUAUUCCAUGCAGAGUUGAGCUUCUGUAACAUUAAUACCAACAGGUAAAAUCUUAUGGUGAACCUUAAUCCAUGGAACCUCACUUGGGACUGGGCAUGUGUUCAUGUUAUAUUCCAGUCAUUUGAUAGUGAUCAUGUGUUCAUAUUAUAUUCCAGUCAUUUGGCUACUCGUGCAGGACUGGGCACAAUGGGAUUGUGAAAAGCUUCUCAAUCCUGUCCAAACAAAUAUAGGCCAUCAUAUACAACACACUGUUUUCUUUCAGACGCAUUGCCUUGUGGUGACAUUGCAACGAAACAAGUUUGGUUUUUACAGUUUGGUGUCAAAUUCGUUCAUAUCCUUGCUCCAUCUGCUUUCAUAAGUUGAGUUGAGAAUUAUACAUGUUUAUUAUUAUUAUUUAGGUGGUUUAAAGAGUGCCUCCUUUCCCUGAAGGUGGGUUUUGUAGAAAUCAGAAAGAGCAACCCUUUGUAUUUUAACUGUUGUGCACAAUAGAUUAGUAGUAUCCAAUUCAAGAA